CGGCGUAAAACACGUAUAUGAAAGGUCGAGAAUUUUGUGCAGUGACACCUAAAUGGGCGAGUGUUGCUAAAUUGCUUAAUGUAACUCCGUCACGCCUUCCUGUUGUGACCGCGGGAGUGUCUGGUGGUGGUGCGUGCAUGUGUGUGUGUGUGUGUGUGUGUAGGGAGGGGGACCGGUGUUGGCCUGGGUGGGUUCUGGCCUGCCUCGGGGGUGCCUGGCCUGGGUGAGGCGUGCCCCGGGUGAGGGUGUGGCGUGGCAUGGUGAGGGUGUGGCCUGGCCUGGCAAGGGCCGAGGGUGUGACCAGCGGCGUGUGGUGCCUGGUGAGGCGUGUGUGGAGGUCAGGCGGGGCGGCGACCCGUCUUGCUGAGCUCGGCUGACCCGGCGGGGGUCACAUGGGAGGUGUCGGCGUGUCCGGGCCUGUUGGAGGGAGCGCCGCGCCCGGUCGAUAGCCACGGCCCCAUUAUUCCAUUAGCGGGACCCGGGCGGCGGCGCUAAGUCGCCUAUCAGAGGCCGGGCUCCGUUACCGAAUCAACACGGCCGUAACGCGACCCGCCACCGACCACGGCCGCUGCCCGCCACUGAUUGGCAGACCGGUCGAUGAUUGACAGCGUUGUCAUGGCGACGGAUCACGGCUAACCAAUAGGAUGACCGCGUCACUCUGUGGGCCUGCCGCUGGGCGUGGCCCUGCACUGAGUGGCGCGGGGGGGAGGUCGGGGGCGGACCGGCUGCACGCCCCGCCCCCCUGCUCGCCAGCGGCACCGUGCGGCCGUCACGCUGGAGUCCUCGCUCGCCGCCUGUCCCGCCAAGCUGGCGUCCUCCGUCGCGGACCUGCUGCGGGCGCUGCAGCCCAACAUGGCGCUCAUGAGUGGACUUGGUGGCCUUGGAUCUUUUGGCUCCUUCGGAGCGUUCUCAGCAUUAAACUCCCUGAGUGCUAAUGCGGUGGCCUCAGGCGGCCUCGGGGGUUCCGGCAGUCCCGUGGUGCCCACCCCACUGGUGCCGCUGCCCUCCCUCUCCUUCACCGCCACCCAGGUGGCCGCCGUCUGUGAGACUUUGGAGGAGAGCGGAGACAUGGAGCGUCUUGGCAGAUUCUUGUGGUCGCUGCCCGUGGCUCACCCACACCUGCAGGACCUCAAUAAGCACGAGGCUGUCCUCCGAGCGCGUGCUCUCGUCUCCUUCCACCUGGGUAACUUCCGCGAGCUGUACGCAAUCCUGGAGUCGCAAAGGUUUUCCAAGCCGUCGCACGCGCGGCUGCAGGCGCUGUGGCUGGAGGCGCACUACCAGGAGGCGGAGCGGCUCCGCGGCCGGCCGCUCGGACCCGUCGACAAGUACAGAGUCCGCAAGAAGUUCCCUUUUCCAAGGACCAUCUGGGACGGGGAACAGAAGACCCACUGCUUCAAGGAACGAACCAGGUCGCUGCUACGAGAAUCCUACCUGCAGGACCCUUACCCCAACCCCAGCAAGAAGAGGGAGCUGGCCUCGGCCACCGGCCUCACCCCAACACAGGUCGGCAACUGGUUCAAGAACCGUCGGCAGCGUGACAGGGCGGCCGCCGCUAAGAACAGGAUGCACCAGUUCGGCGCCACGGGCAUCCCCGCCACCCGACGAGAGACGGACACCCGAUCACCUCUCGACGACGAUGACGAGGACCUCAUCAACCCGGGCUCGCCAAACACCUUCGAGGACGACAUUUCGGAGGACGAGGUUUCUUUGGACGCGCGCUCCUCGUCCCCCGCCCCGCCCCCCACCGCCCACGGCCUCGUCCCGGCCUCCAGCGCCCCGGUGCCGCCGUGCAGCCUGCCCCUGCCCCUGGACACUAAGCCCCCCACCUCACCUGGGGCUCUGACGCUCCUCGCCCCCUCCAAGAACCCCGCCAAGGACCAGGAGCGGGACUCGCCGGGGCUGAAGGAAGGCUCGCAGGACGGCAAGUCAGUGCUGUCUGAGCCUCCGUGCAGCCUGCCGACGCCCUUGCAGGCCCUGGCCCCCGCCCUUACCAUCGCCUCCCUCGUGUCAUCCCACAAGCGGCCCGCCUCGCCCCCUGACCACUACGUGACGCCCAUCAGACCCAUCCCGGAGAGGCACGCCUUCGGCUACCCCUCCCUGCAGCCCCUGACCAAGCGGCCUUUCACCCUGACGCCCAUGGGACCAAUCACUGACCGCCACUUCCUCUCCUCCACCGGCGCCUUCCAACCAAUCAGGCUGCAGCCCAAGCAGAAGGAGGACACGUAAGCCCUGCCCCCGCCCCCCCACCCUUGCGGCACCUUGUGAUAUAGUGAGGUGUGUCGGGCGUAGCGGCGACCCCCCUCGCCCCUCACACUCGUAGUGUUAAGAUUUUUAUUCGAGAACCAUAUCAUAUAAUGUAUCAUAACACCGCUAUGUAUAUAAAUGUACUGCUGUACAAAACUGUUCGUUCGCGUGUACGUUAUUCUUCUGUCCAUGAGUACGGUAGUUUGCACUUGCACAAUUUACACACCAGAUGAAGAGUAGUUCAUUGCUGUAUAUACCAUUAUCAGAAACCAUUAAAUGGCCUUGAAGGUAAAAGGUGUGAGGCUUCUUCCUCUCCCGACGGCCCCGGGGGCGCGGCGCGGCCCGCCGCCCCGCCACCCCCCAGAGCCCCGCCUCACACCGUAGUUUAAGCUAUUGUAUUCUCUCUUAUAAAGCUAUUUUAUAUGAUGGCCACGCGCUGUAUCUGCCCUGAGGAGCAGCCUGACGCCUGCCCUCCCGCCGCGGCACCGCCAGGACCAGACCAGGCUCCUGCUCCUGCCCCUCCCCCUCUCCCUCGUGUGCUGUUACUGACUGCCAUGGCCACCGAGAUGGAGUUCUCUGUUUUCCGAGAAACUCUUUGAAAACAAAAUUCUGUCGGUAAAACGAUGGCCCCUCUCACUGACACUAUUCCCCUCCACCCACAAGCCGAUUAAAACUUUCUUCCUCCUAAAGUUCCCUUCCUGAGGCCCGUACUCAGUGUCAUGAUAGAUCCCCCUCACGCACGGAGGGAGCCCCAGCCAUGGCUGUCUGCGUUACGGUAACAGAACAAAACCAAUACUAGAUGUUAUUUUUCAUUACAAGUAAAAUUCUAGUCAUCAGCACAGACGAGGGUACGGCGGGGUUGAGCGCCCUGGGGGUGCCGCGGCCCACGUGUCGCGCCACCGCCACGCCCUGGGCCUGACCCUGAGGUCUAGCGGCCCCAUGGCAUCCUGGGGUACAGACCUCACUGCUCCCCUGACUUUCCUCUUCCGUCGUCAAGACCUAGAAAAGGCAAGUAUCCGCCUUCUCCCUCUAAAACCUGUCUUUGAGUCGCCCGCCAAGUGAUACAGAAGGAUCAGUUGUACCAGUCUACAUAUUCACCCACACAAUGUACAGUAAAAAACAACAACGUAAAUAUUAUAAAAUUACACACACACACACACACACACACACACACACACACACACACACACAGAUCACUAACAUGUCUGUCAUCGGUGGCGCUCUGAGUAACUUCUUCUAUUCCGCGGCUCCUCUUCCUUGGUCGCCUUUCCUUGCUCUCUACCAAAUUGUACCUUUGAACACGAAGCGCGAUUGUAUAUGUGGAUGUUGCACUCACUCCCCCUCGCCGCCCCGUCUUUCCUGUCGAGGGUCCGCCAGGGCGUGACGUGGCGCCCUCUAGAUGUCAAUAAAUCCUAACCCGCCA